AUGCUCCGUCAGCGUCUCCUCUCCACUCUCCGUCUCCGCGGCGGAUCAGGCACCGGUGCAAGCCGAUGGACAAGCCCCGGCCACGAAGAAAGACCCAAGGGCUACCUCUUCAACAGAACACCUCUUGCUCCAGGUGAGUCUCGCAACUGGGAAGAUUGGGAACUCCCUUGCUACAUCACUAGUUUCCUCACCAUCGUGAUCCUUGGUGUUGGCCUUAAUGCUAAGCCUGAUUUGACAAUUGAAACGUGGGCCCAUGAAAAAGCCCUAGAACGUCUCAAGAUCGAAGAUGCCAUAGCCGAGAGCGAAUCCUCUGAAUAG